AAAACAAACAAAAAAAAAAAAAAAAAAAAAAAACAGGCAAACUGCCAGGAGUUUUGCCAAAGAUCUCUUCUCGAUUCUAGAGUCCAGAAUCUCCAGUGUGAAUUAUCUAGUGUCUGGAAGGAACUUUUUUUUUUAAUUUAGUUUUUUAUAGCUUCUGAUUUUCAAAACAUAUGCAUGAAAUUUUCAACACUGACAUUUGCAAAACUUUAUGUAUCAAUUUCAGCCUCUCCAUCUCCCCACCCCCUCAGUUAGAUGGUAAAUAAUCCAAUAUAAAACAUGGUAAAAAUAUAUCUUAAAUCUAAUAUAUGCAUAUAUAUUUAUGCAAUUAUCUUGCUGUACAAGAAAAAUCAGAUCAAAAGUGGAAAAAAAUUAGAGAGAAAACAAAAUGCAAGCAAAUAACAACAAAAACAGUGAAAAUGUUAUACUGUGAUCCACACUCAGUUCCCACAGUCCUCUCUCUGAUGUAGCUGGCUCUUUUCUUCACAAGAUCAUUAGGAUUGGGCUGAAUCACAUCAUUGUUGAAAAGACCCACUCAAAUUCUUAAAAAUUUGAAUGAAUUCUCUAUAGAUUUUAUAAAGUAGGCUUUUAUCAGAAUUGUUAAUUGUAAAAAUGUUUUUCCAAUUUAUUGCUUCCCUUCUAAUCUGGUCUGCAUUAGUUGCAUUUAUACAAAAAAUCUUUUUAUCUUAAUAUAAUCACAAUUCUGUAUUUUGUACUCAGUAAUGAGCUCCAGCUCUACUUUGGUCACAAAUUCUUUCCUUCUCCAUCAAUCUGAGAGGUAAACUAUCCUAUAUAUUUUUUUUAUUUUUUAAAUUUGCUCAUAAUAUCACUCUUUUGGUCUAAAUUAUGGUAUCUUGGUAUAUGCUGUCAGAUGUGGGCCAAUGCCUAAUUUCUGCCACACAAGAUUCCAAUUUUCCCCAAGAGUUUUUGUCAAAAACUGAGGUCUUCAGCUUUGUCAAACAGUAGAUUACUAGAGUCAUUGACCUUUUUAUCCCAUAAAUCUCACCUAUUCUACUGAUUGAGAGCUCUUUGUUUGGCUACUACUAAUUGGUUUUGAUGACUGUUGCUUUAUAAUAAUUUUAGUUCUGGUGUAGAUAGGCCACCUUCACUGGCAUUUUUUCCCCAUUAAUUCCCUUAUAAUUCUUGAUAUUUUCUUCUUCCAGAUGAAGUUUAUUAUUAUUUUGUCUAUAUAUGUAAAAUAAUUUCUUGGGAGUUUGAUUGGUACUGCACUGAAUAAGUAGAUUAAUUUAGGUAGUAUUGUCAUUUUUAUUAUAAUAGCUUGGCCCACACAUGAGCACUUGAUAUUUUUCCAGUUGGUUAGAUCUGACUUUAGUUUUGUGGAACGUGUUUUGUAGGUGUAUUCAUAUAGACCUUGGCUUUGCCUUGGCAAGAACUUCCUUAUGUUUAAAAGUUUUGUUUGUACAUGGUUACAUUCCUAAAGUUUCUCCUCUGAGGAUUUUCUGAUGUCCAGUAAGAACACUAAUUUUUCUAAGUUAUUCUAUAAUGGUUACAUUCAUAAGGCUUCUCUCUUGUGUGGAUUUUCUCAUGAUGAGUAAAAACUUUACUUUUUUUUACUUUCUUUUUUUUUUUUUUUACUAAAACUUUUUAUUUUCAAAAUUUUUUCAAAAUUAUUUUCACAAUUUUCUGUGCAUGAUUCAUUUUCAAUAUUCAUCCUUUUAAAAUCUUACAUCCAAAUUUUUUUCCCUCCUUUGCCCCCAAACCCCUUUCCCUAGAUGGCAAAUCAUCCAAUUUCACAUAGCAUCAGUUUUUCUGAAAUGAUCCUUUGACCAUUCCUUAUAGAAAAAUAAUAUUCUAUAACAUCCAUAUACCACAAUUUAUUCAACCAUUCUCCAACUGAUAGGCAUCCACUCAAAAACUUCCUUUAAAAAAAAAAAAAACACUUCCCACAGAAAACAUUUUUAUAGUCAAAGGUUCUGAUAAAAGCCUCAUUUCCAAAAUAUAUAGAGAAUUGACUCUAAUUUGUAAGAAAUCAAGCCAUUCUCCAAUUGAUAAAUGGUCAAAGGAUAUGAACAAUUCUCAGACAAAGAAAUUGAAACUAUUUCUAGCCAUAUGAAAAGAUGUUCCAAGUCAUUAUUAAUCAGAGAAAUGCAAAUUAAGACAACUCUGAGAUAAUACUAUAUACCUGUCAGAUUGGCUAGAAUAACAGGGAAAGAUAAUGCGGAACGUUGGAAGGGAUGAAGGAAAACUGGGACACUGAUAUAUUGUUGGUGAAAUUGGGAAUACAUCCAGCCCAUUCUGGAGAGUGAUUUGGAACUAUGCUCAAAAUUAUCAAACUCUCCAUACCCUUUGAUCUAGCAGUGUUACUACUGGGCUUAUAUUCCAAAGAGAUAUUAAAGAACAGAAAGGGACCUGUAUGUGCAAGAAUGUUUGUGGCAGCCCUUUUUGUAGUGUCCAGAAACUGGAAACUGAAUGGAUGCCCAUCAAUUGGAGAAUGGCUGAAUAAAUUGUGGUAUAUGAAUAUUAUGGAAUAUUAUUGUUCUGUAAGAAAUGACCAGCAGGAUGAUUUCAGAAAGGCCUGGAGAGACUUAUAUGAACUGAUGCUGAGUGAAAUGAGCAGGACCGGGAGAUUAUUAUAUACUUCAACAACAAUAUUAUAUGAUGAUCAAUUGUGAUGGACGUGGCCCUCUUCAACAAUGAGAUGAACCAAAUCAGUUCCAAUAGAGCAGUAAUGAAUUGAACCAGCUACACCCAGCAAAAGAACUCUGGGAAAUGAGUGUGAACCACUACGUAGAAUUCUCAAUCCCUCUAUUUUUGUCCGCCUGCAUUUUUGAUUUCCUUCACAGGUUAAUUGUACAUUAUUUCAAAGUCUGAUUCUUGUGCAGCAAAAUAAUUGUAUGGACAUGUAUAUAUGUAUUGUAUUUAACAUAUACUUUAACAUUUUUAACAUGUAUUGGUCUACCUGCCAUCUCGGGGAGGGGGUAGGGGAAAAGAAGGGAAAAAUGGGAACAAAAGGUUUUGCAAUUGUCAAUGCUGAAAAAUUACCCAUGCAUAUAUCUUGUAAAUAAAAAGCUAUUAAAAAAAAAACAACAAUCCAAAAAACAUUUCCCACAUUGCUUACAUUCAUAAGGCUUCUCUCCAGUGUGGAUUGUCUGAUGUACAGUAAGACAUUCCUUAUGUCUGAAAGCCUUUCCACACUGGUUACCUUCAUAAGCUUUCUCUCCAUUGUAGAUUCUCUGAUAUAUACUAAGAGUUCCUCUAUUUUUCAAAGCCUUUUCACAAAAGUUUCCUCUCCGGUGUGGAUUCUCUGAUGUCUCUUCUAUCUAAAAGUCUUUACACACUGGUUACAUUAAUAAAGUUUUUCUCCAGUUUGGAUUUUCUGAUGAAGAAUAAGAAGAUCCUUUUUUAAAAGUUUUUCCUCAUUAGUUACAUACAUAAGGUUUCUCUCCAGUGUAAAUUCUUUCAUGUACAAUACGAGUUCACUUUUUUUCUAAAAUCUUGUCCACAUUGCUGACAUUCAUAAAACUUCCCUCCAGUGUAGAUUUUCUGAUAUCCUUUAGGAGCUCCCUUGCUUGUAAAAGCCUUUCCACAAUGGUUACAUUCAUAAGAUUUCUCUCCACUGUGGAUUUUCUGAUGUCCAGUAAGACUAUGCUUAUGUCGAAAAACCUUUCCACACUGUUGACAUUCAUAAGGUUUCUCUCCAGUGUGGAUUUUCUGAUGUACAAUAAGACUAUGCUUAUGUCUAAAAACUUUUCCACACUGGUGACAUUCAUAAGGUUUCUCUCCAGUGUGGAUUUUCUGAUGUCCAUUAAGAGCUCCCUUGCUUCUAAAAGCCUUUCCACAUUGGUUACAUUCAUAAGGUUUCUCCCCAGUGUGGAUUCUCUGAUGUACAGUAAGAGCUUUUCUUUCUAUAAAAGCCUUUCCACACUGGUUACAUUCAUAAGGCUUCUCCCCAGUGUGGAUUCUCUGAUGUACAGUAAGAGUUUUCCUUUCUAUAAAAGCCUUUCCACAUUGGUUACAUUCAUAAGGUUUCUCCCCAGUGUGGAUUCUCUGAUGUACAGUAAGAGCUUUCUUUUCUAUAAAAGCCUUUCCACACUGGUUACAUUCAUAAGGUUUCUCCCCAGUGUGGAUUCUCUGAUGUACAGUAAGAGCUUUCCUUUCUAUAAAAGCCUUUCCACAUUGGUUACAUUCAUAAGGUUUCUCUCCAGUGUGUAUUAUCUGAUGUCCAGUAAAACCUUUCUUGCUUCUAAAAGCCUUUCCACAUUGGUUACAUUCAUAAGGUUUCUCCCCAGUGUGGAUUCUCUGAUGAUCCAUAAGUGCUCCCUUUUGUGUAAAAGCCUUUCCACACUGAUUACAUUCAUAAGGUUUCUCUCCAGAGUGGAUUCUCUGAUGUACAAUGAGAGUUUUCUUUUUUAUAAAACCUUUUCCACAUUUGUUACAUCCACAAUGUCUCUCUCUAAGCUGGGUUCUUUCAUGUGUUGCACAGUUUUCUCUCCAAGUGAAGUCACAAGAUCCAUCACCUGUGAAUCGUUGCUUAGGAAUUUCUACAACAGAAUGGUUCAGCACUGCAGUAGUUUCCUUCAUUUCCAGUCUGAUCUCUUCUUCCAAAAACAAAGAGAUAAAACAGCAAAUAAGAAAACAAAUAUAGCCAUAAGGUGCACAACUCAGGUCAUCAGCUCAGAAUAG